GAGAGACUAUUGCAUGAGGGGCUUCUGCCCAUCUGGCUUUGUGAUAUUCUACACAUCUAUUGGGGAAUUGGGCCAUUGUUCACUCUAGUACAAGCCACCAGAAAAAAACGGUGGCAACGUCACUUUCUGACAUUCCUCCAAAUAUCGCGAGGUUCUCAAUAGUUUUUCUUCAUCAACUCAAUUAUCUCGUGUUCAUAUCUAUUAAGCAACUAUGUCCAACGAAUCCGAGUCCGAGGCAGUAGCCUUGGCCUUCCGGGAGGCCGUUGAGGAUCUUCAAGGUUUCGCCAGAAAUGAAAUCAAUACGUUGACAAUGAUUGCGCGAGAGAACACUGAACAUGCCCACGCUAUUUCCGGUGCUCUUCAGGAACAUAUCAAACGGGUCAUCCCCCCGAAGAAACUACCAGCCUUAUAUCUCCUUGAUUCCAUCGUGAAGAAUGUAGGCACGCCGUACACGCUAUAUUUCGGCAGAAAGCUCUACCAAACUUUUAUGGAUGCAUAUGCCUCAGUCGACAUGGCUACACGACGGAAGAUGGACGAAAUGUUGAGGACUUGGAAGGAACCUGUUCCAGGGUCUCUCGAUACCAGACCCGUCUUCCCUCUUGAUGUCACCCGUCCUAUCGAGAAUGCCCUCAUCAAGGCAAGAACAACAGCGCUACAGACACAGCGAGAGCACGCGCGAGGCCAGCAACAGUUAUUUGGCCGUGGAAGACCGAUGAAUCAGGGAAUGCCGUACCGCGAUACCCCUACUCCUCCCGGCGUCCAUCUACCUCAAGUUAAUGGUUACCAAAAUCACACACCGGUUCCUACUGUUAAUGGAUCAUCGUAUCCCCAUCCAGCCCAGUCAUCGGCUGGCUACCCACCCACACACCUGAGUCAGCCUCCGCCAUCAAGAUCCACCCCACAACCUAUGCCAACAACAAUGGCCUUUCAACCACCACAAUUAGGAGGCUAUGGCGUACCAAAAGCUGUAAUCAGCAUAGAUGCUUUGAAUGAUGACAUCCGGAGAUUGAUCUCGGCCUCCAAGGCUCAGAUCGCGCAAGCUCCGCAUGAUCCUAGUUUACAGAGAAGGCUGAAGGCGUUGGUGGACUUGCAAACUAUUCUUCAGACUCAGAACCUACCUCAGGAUCAGUUAGUGCUUGUUAAGAAUCAAAUUGCUGAUCUUGCCGUGACAAUAAGAGCAGCCCCUACUCAGACAACACCCCCUACACCUGUCCCACAACCCGUAGCCGUAGCCCCUCCGCCGGCAGCGGCGCCAAAGAUUUCUAUAGACUCUUUGUUUGGUCCAGGUGCACUAGCUACUCUAAUGGCUCGAAAGUCUACCACGCCGCAGGCGUCAACACCUUAUCCCCCACCCCCGGUUGUAUCUGUCCCAACUCCACCUCCCCAACGGGUUGAGCCUCAGAAGCCGGUUAUCACGCACCCGCCGCCUCCUCCUGCUCCCACUGAUCCGAUGGCGCUUAUGAACAUGUUGAGACUAGCUGGUUUACUUCCACCUGCACCCCCGGCCAGUAGUUCAACCGCAGCUUCUCAUCCUACGCCGCCGAUUCCCUUUCCGAUGCCAAUGAGCAUCCCAAGAAUACCCCCGAUCAGCCAGUCGGUCGGUCCCGUGACACUCGAGUCUCUUGCGGGUGAUAUAGCCCUAAGACCUUCGUCUCUUAAACAGUUCCGUCCCAACUUACUACCAUUCCUUUAUGGAACUUUAGGACCUCAAUGCACUCAAUGUGGUCGACGUUUCCCCAAAGAUGAGGAAGGGAAGAAGGAUAAAACCCGCCAUAUGGACUGGCAUUUCCGAGUGAAUCAGCGCAUUGCAGAGGUCGAGAAACGAGGCCAGCAUCGAAGCUGGCUAGUCGACGAGAUGGACUGGAUUAAAACCCGAGAGACUAUCGACAAGGAUCACGUUGCUCCGCCUACGGAUUAUAAUGCAGCGACGGGUGGUUCUGCACCCAAGGCCCCCCAACUACAAUAUAUACCAGUUCCCGAUGAUCCUAGUCUGGCGAACAGUGUUUGUAGCAUCUGUCAAGAAAAAUUCGAGACGAGAUGGCUAGAUGAUGCCCAGGAAUUCGUGUGGCCCGAUACCAUGAGAGUUGGUGAAAAGAUUUACCAUGCCAGUUGCUACCAGGAAGCGUUCAAGGGCAGUGGAAACAACGGCGGAAAUACGCAGUCCUAUGCUCGAGGUACUCCUGAGCCGGUGACAGGAAAGCGUAAAGCUGAGGAUGAACUAACUUCGGCAACUCGAAGCAAGGUUAAGGUGGAGGGUACUUAGGGUGCGCCCCCCACUCCGGCUUCCUUCGGCAAGAGGCAUCUUCUAAAUAAAUGCCUAGGCGCCGAAAAGAGGCGCGACAGCCCGGACCGCUCGCCCGCGCAUAUUAUGAACAAGUCGAGCGAGAAAGGGUAUGAGCCGAUGAUGUCGAGUCCCCUACAGAAAACGUCGUAGGCGUAAAGGGGGGAGGGGAACUACGGGAUCUCU